GCUGCUAAAGGGCAUGGGGUUAAAGGGCAAGGUCACCUCGAAUGAUAAACAACUCGUGGGUUCAACUUCCCCAUGUAAACUGUUCGUGGACUUGACCCUGAAUGCAUUUUGAACAGAAACGUGCAGAAGACUGCGCAGAAUGGCGUCUAAUGAAGCUGGAAGCAGGAACAUAUGUGCUCGCCUACUGCUGAAUGAAAAAGGAACGCUAACAAUAACUGAAGAUCCAUCUGCAUGCGUCCCCAACACAAAGAAUCAGUUAUUAAGUGUGACAGGUCCAGGCGGUGAAGUUAAGGAGUUCUACUAUGGUAAAGCCCCUGAUGAUCAACCUGUACUCCGUGUUGAUCCUGAAGACAAAGCAGAUUCUUGUCCUGUCACUACAUCAAACACAGGUCCGAACAAAUCAGUGCUGACAGAGUCUCAGGCAAAGUCACUAGCUGUGAUGCUGUCUACGGUACAAUCUCAGAUUACAGCGAGGAAGCCUUGGGCAUUAGAUCACAGCUAUACUAUGAAAGACGGUGAUGCUUCUAACACUAAGCCACGUGUCUCUCCUGCAGUGAAGAAGGCAGAACAGGCUAAAGUGGAAAGUGAAAUACUGAAACGGGUCAACGAGUCAAUCAAAUACAGUCUACCCAGUUCAAGUAAAUCUUCAGUUUACAGUUCUACAAACGGAAGUCGAUAUGACUUAAUGACUUCAAAGUCAUCGUAUUCUGCAGGGGAUCAAAGUUCCCGUCCACCAGCCUGUGGGCAUCUCCCAAAACCCAAUUUAAGUCCAGCAUCUAUUGCUACAACAGAUGGUGGUGCGCCUUCUUCAAAAAAACAAAGCAAAUAUGAAGGUGCUUCGGGAAUAUUAAAACAAUUAAGCGCUUCGGUCCCAGUACUAGUUAUGCCAGGAAACACUAGAUCUCUAGCCACAGGGCCUGAGUGUCAAUCCUCCCCAGCCUUAAACAGGAUACCCCAAAUCCCAGUAGCACCUGGGAAACAGUACAGACAACGACAGACAAGGGCACAAAUGCGAAAUGUGACCCUGAAGUCAUCAGGUGUUAUGGGUUAUCUCAAGGACAUGCUGGCAUCGAAAAUAAAUGUCAAAGGACAGGAGGUGACUCCUCACUGUGGCAAGGGUGCACUGAACACAACACAGACUGUUCCAGUAUCUAGGCAGGCACCUGUGCAAAAUGUUUCAAUGCCAAGACGACAAUCUCCUGGAGUUGCUCAUAGUGGUACUGCGCCAAAGGAGAAUCAGAAAAGCAUACAAAACCAAACCGCUAUUGAUCCUGUUUUGCAGAGGAUGCUGAAAAAUGUCCAGAAAGCAUCUGCCUCUAUCAAGGAAACACUUCCUGUACCAGUUUCAGAUGCAUUUAAUUCUAAUUCACCUCCAUGUAAGCCUCAAUCUAAAAAGGUUCCAAACGUCCAAGAAAAGGGUAACCACCCCAGAGAGGUGACAGUAAGAGUUUAUCCCGAUAAACCAGGAGAAGGUGUAAAACCUGACCCCAGGAAUCUGGUCCAGGUCAAUCCACAUUCAGGACUGCCCGUACUGAAUGCCCCUCAAAUCGCAUUCGUACCAGACGUAGUGCCAAGGUACUGCAUGCCAGUUGUGAUUACACAAACAUCGUCUUCUAAUUCUUUUCCUUUGGUGUAUAACCAGUGUACUCCCUCAGGAUCUGUUGGGAAAACCAUUAUUGUCACCACAAAUACUCAAGUCCCAAUAGGCUUGGGAACAAAUCUUCCACCUACUUCCACAAAUGCGAGUGAAUGUAGUCCUGUGAGCAGUAAGGCUAUCUCUUUCAGUGUUCCAAGUACACAGGGGCAAAAGACAGCGGCAGUUAUUGACCAACAGACUCACGUACAUCAGCACCAAAUUGCAGACUUGGUGCUACCUAGGAUAGAAUCAGUUUUUUCACUGGCCCACACUGAGGGCACAGAGACUCAGAAAAAUAAUUUGAACAAGGAUAUGCUGAAAGUCAAAUCAAACUCCGGAGUUAGUUGUUAUUCUAAAGGUCCUGGAAAGACAAAAGUGAGGAAAGUUGAUGAUGUGGAAAGGGAAAAGGGUAAUGGGCCACACACAAUAGAUGUUCCGACUGCUCCGUUCAUUGGUGUCACACAGCCAAUUAAUAAUAAUGACACACCAGGUGGUAUCAACAGUAGUACAGUACCAGAUUCAAAUGAAGAUGGACUUUCCCCAAGAAGUAGAUAUCGAAAAGCUCCAAAGCGUCUUGUUGCUGAGGAUCUUCCAACAUUUCCAAAGAGCAUCCAAAAACAGAAACCUAAUCUAAGACCUAUCAUCUUUGAUCCGUGCUUCGUGGUCCUUGAACGGAUUGCCAUUUCUUCAAACCGAAAGAUAACCAAAUUAAAACAGAAGAGAAAAAGCAAAGAAUACAUAAGCUGUUCAAAACGAUGUCGAGAACUGUUUUUAAGGAGACUUUGCGAAAAGCAACAACUUCCAGGUAAUCAAUGUACUCGCAAAGUGAAUGAUCGUGACAGGCAGGCGGGCGAGCAUGAACCAAGCGUUUUGAGAUGGAUAAAGAGAAUUCAAUCAAAAAGAAAGAUUAACACGGAACCAGCGAGUCCAAACGAAGUGAAACGGUAUGCGAGUGCGGCCUACCACGUGCCUGGGAAACUGAUAACUGUUGGCACAAUAGGAAAUACUGAUGCCAAAGGGAGCAAGUACGUUGUGGUGGAGGUACCCAAUUUAGUGCCUGCUCCUGGAGCAUUUGAAACUGUUGCCACGGGGAAGCCUACAGACAUUUCACCCCUGCCCCUCAAUCGGGAAACCUAUAAGACGUUGAAUGAGUCAACAUUACCCCAGUCAGAGAUGGGAUCAGUGUGUCUGAAUAGUGACAGGUCACCUCGGUCACUAUCUUCAGAGACUGAGUCAACUGUUUCAGAGAAUUGUGUUUUUAGUGAUUUCAGUGAUACAUCUCCAGUAAAGUCUCCUAAGGUUGUUGCCAGUACUGAUGCAACAUCAACACGAAUUAAUUCCUCGUUGAAGGCAUUUGACAGUUCUCAGAUUACCUCCUUACCGUCGAAUGCAACUGAAGAGUCUCAAGUCGAGCAGAGUCAGCCUACUUUAAACUCAGAAUCAAGCCAUCUGGAAGCACAAUCCCCAAUAAAUCCGUCUGAAGACUCUUCGGAAUAUGUUGAGCCAUUGUGUAAUCUUCAGAAUGAGGAACAGCUUGAAACGGAGAUGACGGGGGGUGUUAAAAAGGAGGAUUCGGAUGAAGACUGGAUGAAUGUUGAGCUUGAGGUGGAUCCGGACUCGGAAUCUGAUGAGGACUUGGAUCUAUUUCUCCCAGAUGAUCCUCCAGCAGAUCCUGUUCCUCGUCCUGAGCCAGAGCAUGAGCUCGAAGUCCCUUCAGCAUCGAUUACGUCUACAUUUGUCCCAGACGUUGUUCUCAGUGAUAAAGUCCAAAGACUCAAGGCAAUGUUGGCAGAACAAAUGAGACAGGUUGAAAAUAUUCGUAGGCAACGAACAAAUACGAAGUAAUGUAAAUUGUGUAGGACGGCGUUGAUCACAACGAACCUAUUUGGAUGACACAGCUAGUUAGAUGCCAGGACAGCGAAUAUCCCCGAACUGACAUCAUUCAGUAAACACUGUAAUUAUCGGAACUGAUGCAAAUGGCAUAAGAAUUCAUCUAGGUGCUAACGAGCCAAGACUCGUGUCAUAUUUACGCAAACAAUCUCAGGUUUUACAUAAUAUUUACAUUGGCGGUUGACCCAAAGCUCUGUGUCAGGAGUUGCACUGUAUGUGUCUUUGAGUAUGUCGGGAACUCACAUCGAAUGCGUUUAUUUUAGUUCAAUUUGCUUUCUCCUUCAUUUAAUCCACACUUUUGGGUCUAACUUUUUUCAAGCUAUGUUAUUCGUUGUUUUUACCGUUUUUAUGUUGUUCAGUUGCCAGUACCGGCGGGUCAGUAAAAUUGAAGCGUUCUGAUAGGCUGUAUCGGACGUUCGUUUCUUAAAUUAAAGAGGGAUUUUAUCUCCGGC